ACAAAGGUGACAAAUGAAGUUAACCCGUAGACGCUGUAACAGGAAGGAAGCUGGCAAAGAAUAGGCUCGGCCACGCUCACUAGUGCAAAGCUCCAGUUUGUCAUCGGCUGUUUUUGGGAUCAGAAGGACGUUGCUGCUGCAUGCAGCAUCUCUGAUCAUCAGAAUGAAAUUCGUUUCGCUGCUGUUAACAGCAGUACUUGGAAUUUCUACAGCUGCAGCAGAACUCUUCGAACUUUCCUACACGUACAAUAAGGACGCUCCGACAUCGAGCAAACUCAGUCCUUUUGUUCACAAGCAGAUAAAGAAAGGUUACGACAAGCUAGGAUUCUGGGUAGAAUUGAAUGACUUCUGCACUUCCGAACACUCUGGGACGCAUAUCGAUGCUCCCGUUCAUUUUGCCGAGCAUUCCUGGGCUUUGGAAGCUAUUCCUAUUAGACGUUUAUGGAGAGUACCAGCCGUGGUGAUCGACGUCUCGAAGAAUAUCAAGCCAGACCAACCGAACUACGAGGUGAAAGUCAAAGAUUUCGAGGAGUGGGAGGCUGUCCACGGAGUAAUUCCUGAUGGCAGCCUAGUCCUCGCCCGCACAGGAUGGGGUGCUAAGGUCAAUACACUUAGCCAAUAUUUAGGGCUCGAUGGCAAUAAUAAUCAAAACUUCCCAGGUCUCGGCAAAGGUGCUGCCGAGUGGCUACUCAACCAUCGCAAAAAGCACGGCCAUAAAACUGGUGUGGUUAGAUUGGCAUCGAUACAAUAUCAGUGGAUGUUGGAAGUCUGUGAGAUAUCCAUCCCAUGUGACACUGUACAAGGAAAACAUCUAUGGCAUUGAAAAUAUGGCUAAUCUUGACAAGUUACCAGUCAAAGGAGCUUUGGUUACAGUGCUUCCGUGAGGAUUGGUGGAGAAGUGGAGCCCCUGCCAGAAUCAUUGCUGAAGUGGGAGAGGCCAGCAGUGCACCAAGCCCUCUUCCAUCAGUUCUGUGCUAGUGGUAAUGAUUGGUGCAGUUCUUGCCAAAGAAAUCAUUGGUGCUUAGUGGAUUUGAUUUUGUAUCGUCUCUGUCACAACAGGUACUAUGGUAUGCUUACUGCAUCUAGAUAGGAAGGACAACAUCUUUGUUUACACUUACUCUUAUUGGCAAUUAUCUUUUAUGAUUAUUUUAUAAUAUCAAGAAAGUUAUUGAUUCUGUAAUUAGCAUUAUUUAGCUUGAUCUGUAGGAAGGUGCUGAGCCAGUAUUCGAAUGCGUGUUCAGACACUGGAUAUUUUUAAGGAGAGUAGAACUGGGAUAUGUUAUACUGUUGCUCUUAACUUUCUUGUUAUCAAAAUUUCAUAUAGUAUAUUUGAACUAAGGUUAUAGUGUUGAGGGAGUACAGUCAACUUGGAAAAGUUUUGUGGCGUGACAGAGUCCCCAGGUAUAUAAGUGUGAAUUGGUCUUUACCACAAGACUUCAUAAUUAUGUGAUUUAAUCUUGUUAGUAUAUGCACCAUGUCUCCUUUUGGUGAUGUCCAUUUUGUAGCUGAUCUUCUUGAAAGCUUGAACAUAAUUUCUUCAGACCAUGCCUAUUAAAUAUCAAUAUUCGAAACAAAAAUGAUGCGGAAUUGUUACAAAUUACAGUAAUUUUAUUUGUUUCCAUAUAAUAGUGAGAUUGUGAAAUUUAUUUUUCUCUGAUUAAUUAUUUUCUGCCCAGAUCUUGA